AUGGUGCUGGCCAGUGCGAACAACGAUUACGAUUUCAAGGUGAUGUCCGCGGCGGCCGAGAGAAAUUGCCCCAAUGUUGCUGAGUUCGACAGACCAGGCGGCCGCGGACACGAUCAGCCGUUCAAGCCCAAGAAGUUCCAGAGGUUCGCCCCACGAGGUGGACAACAUCGCGCCAUGCACGCCGAGCCCGAGGACGAGGUGGUGCAGGGCCCAGUCCAGGACUACCUGCACGACCUUGAUGAGGACGAGUACCAAGCCGUGGAGUCGUUCCUGGCGAACGGUGGAGACCCUACCUGCCUCCCGGGCCUGGGUGAGUUCGAGGGCGACGCUGACGACCAGGAGCCCGGUGGCGACCAUGAGGAGACCAUGGCGGCACUUGCGGAGGCGUACGCGGCAGGUUUUCGCGAGAGCAAUAAACGUUUCCAGCGGAAGGAUAAGUUUCGAAUGAAGUUCACGAGUGCGAAGUUCAAUAUGAAAGAUUUCAAGAACCAGCGGGACCCGAAGAGGCAGAAGGAGAUCGACGACCUGAAGAAGAAUUCCGUCUCUAAGGCCUGCGACCAGCGAGGGCACUGGAAGGGCGACCCGGAGUGCCCUAAGACCCGUGGAGGAGGACAGCCCUCGUCGGGAGCUCGCAGGCCGACGUCGGCUAUCCAUGACAGCGGCUGUGCGGAGGCGGAGCCGCACAGGGUUAUGACAGCGACGAGUUCGAGGGCGACGACGACGGCCAGGAGCGCGCCCAAGCCUGCUGCCGAGAGGAAGCCGAACACCAGCGCGGGCUUCUACUCUUUCCUGGCCCUCUCGUUCCCUGUGUUCAUCUUCGCGUAUUUCGAGGAGAUGCGGGGGUGCGUCGGGUUCGCGAUCUACGACAGCGGCUGCACCAGGUGCGUUAUGGGCUACAACAUGCUGAAGCUGUGGGCGGCGCUCUUGAGGCGUUGCACGCGUGGCCUGAGGUACCAGCGGGUUGACGAGAAGGAGCGGUUUCGGUUUGGAGCUGGCGACCCGGUCAGGGGCACCUUUGCAGCGCUGAUCCCGAUAUGUAUUUCACAUCGUAUUUCAGGUAUUCUGCGAGUCAGCAUCGCGCCAGGCGACCUGCCGCUGCUCUUUUCGAGGCCAUCGGCGAAGCAGCUCGGGAUCCGCGACGACCCGAGGACCAGCGCCUUCAGUUUUCCAGAGGAGCUGGGCGUGCCACCCGUGCCGGUCACAGAAGCUGACUCCCAGCAUCCGCUGCUCAAUUUGUUUCAGUUUCCAGCAGAAGGCUGGGUGGCACCGCCAGGGGCAGUCUUGGACGAGACGGCGCCGAUUCAGAAGCGACCAGAUCUUCGGCGGGCAUGGUGGCGCUUCGCCCAGAUCUUGAUGAAUGCGGUCCAGGCUCUCGUGACACCCAUGCACGGCGUGAUGAUCAGCAUGGGCUACUGGAAGCGUAUCAUCUCGAGGUUGACUCAUGUGAGACCGACUCGGAAGGGGAUCACUCAGAUGACGAAGGCGGAGUUGCGCGCGGAGCUGCUGACCAUCGGAGUGGGUACCUCGGGGAGCGAGACGUGUGCGGCUCUACGGGAAAGCCUGCGAGCCGCACGACCGCCCGAGGAGGCAAGACACCAAAAGGGGACCCCCAGGGCCAAGCUGGCGUCGGGAUUCAGCAAGCUCAAGAAGCCCGAGGCCAUCGCUUUCUGCCAGGCUGCAGGCAUCGCGAUCGACGGGGCGGCGGACGCCCUGAAGCUCAGGAUCAAGGCGUGGGCAGCAGCAGAAGGUCCGAUACCUUCAAGCGCCGUCUCCGCGAAGUCCUUGCUGGGUUCGGCUACUCCUUCGAGAAGGUCCGUGCAGUCGAGCAGCGCAGGGCCGCCCCCGAAGGCAACUCCAAGCACGCCUCCCAUGGCGAGGGAGAUCCAGGCCAAGGUCAAGAAGCGAGGUCCCCCGAGUACGUCAUCUCACAUGAGCCUGGACACCAAAGAAGACCGUCUGGCAAGGAUUUGGACGGCACCGACACGGACAGCAGCGACGACGGCGGUCCCGGCGGCGGAGGUGGACUGGGACCCGGGCCAGGACCUCACGAGAGUCGACGAGGAGAGCGACGAGUCCGAGCUGAGCGAGGCGGAGACCGAGUCGAGCGCGGCCGAGACCGACCAGGACAAGGAGCUGAUGAACCACCUCGAUCUCGGCUUCCAGCUGGUCAGCUGCGCCAAGGCCGCGGGGGAGCACGCCACCAAAGAGGUACGCGUCGCGGUCGACGAGGACGGCGCCAAUAUCAACUUCGUGGAGAUCUGGGGUGGCAAGGCCGCGGCGUCGCGCGAGGCCGCCCGUCGAGGUUGUCGUGUCGGCCAGCCCUGGGACAUCGAGUACGGCGACGAUCUCAAGAAGCCGAAUGUCCAGCAGCAGCUGAUCGACUUCGUGGCUCGCGAGAAGCCGGUCUGCCUGGUGCUCGAGCCGACCUGCAGGAUCUGGAGCCACAUGCAGGAGCUCGUGUUCAAGAGAGACAAGCAGCGCCUGCGGCGGGCGCGGCUGAAGGGCGGACGCAUGGCUGUGCUGGAGCACCCGUGGCUGGGGCAGUCCUGGAACGAGGGCCCGUGGAAGAGGCUCAGACAACUGCCGGGCGUGGUCGAGUUCCAGACUGACAUGUGCGCGCGCGGCCUCACCUGCCCUCAGACCGGGAAGGCAGUCAAAAAGCCUACGAGGAUCUUGGCGACUCACGCGCCUUUCGAGAAGCACUGCGGCCUGCGGUGCACAGGGGACCACGACCACGCGGAGCUGAAGGGCUAUGGCAGCAAGGGCAUCUCCUGGAGCCAGGUCUACACCAAGGACUUCAGUCGGCGUAUCGUCGACGGGUUCGAGGAGGUGGUCAACCAGAGCUACCAGGCCAUGGCGGCGGACGUCGACGACGAGGUUCGGUCUCACCUUCAACGCCUUCACCAGAACCUCGGGCAUCCCUCGAACGACGACCUGGCCAGGAACCUGAGGCUCAACGGCGCGGACGACGCUCUCGUCCGCGGCGCCAAGCACCUGCGCUGUGCUACGUGCAACAGGACCAAGCCUGCUGCGGGAUCUCAUCGAGUUUCUCGCCUGUCGCCGGUCGGCGGCUUCAAUGACGAGCUGGGCGUCGACGGCCUCUACCUUCGGAACGUGCACGGGAAACCCUACCUGUUCCUGUCGCUCGUCGAGGCCUCCACGACGUACCACGUCGCGCGCUACCUGAAGAACCAGAAGCCAGCCACCGUGGCUAAGGUCUUCCGAAAGCUGUGGCCUGCUGGACCGCCUAGCGUGGUCAGGCUCGACCCGGACGGCAUGUUCUACACCGAGUUCCAGGAGGCCAUGGACAUGAUGGGGAUCCGCGUCAAGGCCGUGGCAGGCCAGGCGCAGUGGCAGAACGGCCGCACUGAGCGGCAUGGCGGCUGGCUCAAGCUCAUGGUCAACCGCGUCGUCGAGCACAAGUCAGUCACGAACCGCGGUGACCUUGAGACUGCCGUCUGGGAGACCUGCCGGACCAAGAACGACAUGCGUCGGAUCUGCGGCUUUUCACCGCCGCAGUGGGUGUACGUAUGCUUGCCUACCAUGUCUGCCGACCUGAUCGACCGGCCUGGCCAGAUUGCAGAGCACAGCAUGCAUCACGUGUCCACGGAGCUCGCCAGGAGGAUGGCUAUCCGCACGGCUGCGCGGACGGCCUUCGUGGAGCUGCAGAAUAGUCAGGCGCUCCGUCGAGCACUCUUGCGGAAGCCGAGGGUCACCCGCAUCAGCUACCAGAACGGUGACCUGGUGUUCUACUGGCGGCUGCGCAAGGGGACGAAGCUCCACGAUGAGGAGAUCUGGUGGCCCGGUCAGGGCGACGAUCCCAAUAUCGAGGAGCUGAACGAGCUCAUCCGCCAGGUUGAGAAGGAAGACCAGCCAGAGUACGAAGACGACCGAGGGCGGGGACCACGUGAAGCAGAUGAGAAGGCCCAACCGCUGCAUCGGAGAGAAGGCCAGGACCUCGGGGACACCCUCGAGGAGCGAGCGAAAGAGCUGGAGCAGGACAUCGAGGAGAUCGAGAGGGACAAGCGCCCGGCUGACGCGGCCGAGCGCCUGGAGGACGAGCCGCCCCGCAAGCGGCAGGAGGCGGCCGCGCCAUCGGGCCCCGCGUCAUCGGCCCGCGCGGAGCCUCCAGCGUCGACAGCGACGCCCCCUCAGCCAGCUCUACCCGAAGGAGGAAUUCAAGAAGCGCUGGGGGCUUUACAAGCCCGGCAGAGCCAGGUGUUCCGGCCGUUCCCUGUCGGGCCGCUUCAGCACCCAGGCGAUCAUCCAGAACAACCCGUUCAUUUCGCCAAUUUCAGUUUCGGCCUGAUCGCGAAGCGGAGCUGGGACACAACUAGGCUGCAACGUCGAGCGCUGGAAAAGGAGAUGCCAUGGAACAUGAUCCCAGCCAGCGAUCGCCCCCUCUAUCGCGAGGCGGCCGAGUUGCAGUGGAAGCAGUGGGAGAACUACGACGCCGUCGAGCCGCUCUCAGUCGAGGAAAGUCAGGACGCGCCGCCCGAGCCGAAGGCUCGGCUGUGCUGUGGUGGCCACAACGACCCGGACCUCGCGAUGGGGCUCAGGACCGACGCACCGGCCGUGUCGAGGCAUUCGGUGCUCACCUUCCUGGCAGUGGCGGCGGCGUACGAUUUCGACAUCGUGGCCGCCGACGUCGAGUGCGCCUUCAUGCAGGGCGAGAAGCACGGGCGCGCCGAGGAGCUCUACAUGUCUCAGCCCAAGGAGGGCCUGCCGAACAUGGACCCUCGGUGCCUCCUGAAGGUUAAGAAGGGCAUCUUCGGGCGGACUUGA